CGGUCGGGGCUCCGGCGGGGGGCGGGGCGGGACAGCAGCGGCUCCGCCCCUUCCGGCCGGCGGGAGGCGGUGGCACCGGCGGGACCGGGGCCGCUGCCGAGUGCUGCCGGUCUCUGUGCCCCUUCAGGGGAGGCUGCGGCUCCCUACCCCCGGUGCCCUCCGGGUUCGGCCCCGCCGAGCGCCGGCGCGGAGGGCAGGCCCCGGUCCCACGGGCGCUGCGUGUGCCGGGCUGGGGCCGUCCCGGGGGAGCCGUGGCCGUGCCGUGCUGCCAGCGAUGAUUCCCCGCUGACAGGCUGAGAGGCACCCGACUGCACCUGGGCAUGGCUCCGCUGCCACCUCUGGUGAGGCCCAGGUAGGAGCCGGGCCAUGGGGGCUGCACCCGGGCCAGCUCCUCCCCGCUGCCCUCCGUAGCUCAACAGCAGCCCUGGCCACCUCGGCGGGCCACCAUGGAGCAGCCCACGCGUGUGCCCGGGCCCCGCCGCCUUCUGGGCUGCUUCAGGAGGAAGCCACAGCCCGUCGGGGAGGAGACACCACCACAACCGGAGCCGGAGCCCGAGGAGACACGGGUGGUGCUGGCGGUGGGCGAGGGUCAGGCGCUGGAGGAGUGUCCCCUGUGCCUGCUGCCGCAGCCCCCCGAGGCCUUCCCCAGCCUGGCCUCCUGCUCGCACCGCUCCUGCCGGGGCUGCCUGCAGCAGUACCUGCGCCUGGCCGUCACCGAGAGCCGCGUGCCCGUGUCCUGCCCGCACUGCCCCGCCGCGCUCCAGCCCCACGACGUGCACCGGCUCCUCCCCGAGCCCGCCCUCCGCGACAAAUACGAGGAGUUUCUGCUGCGGCGGCUGCUGGUGGCGGAUCCUGGCACCCGCUGGUGCCCUGCACCUGACUGCAGCUACGCUGUCCUUGCCCAUGGCUGUGCCGAGUGUCCCCGCCUCACCUGUGGCCGUGAGGGCUGUGGCACCGAGUUCUGCUACCACUGCCGGCAGCCCUGGCACCCCGAGGGCCCCUGUGCACCAGUGCCACCGGCCCCCAGCCUGGCCACCCCCACAGCACAGCUGGAGGAGCCAGCCCACGCUGAGGCCGAGGACAUCAAGGUCUGUCCUCGCUGCAGCGCCUUCAUCAUGAAGAUCAACGAUGGCAGCUGCAACCGCAUGAACUGCACGGUCUGUGGCUGCCUCUUCUGCUGGCUCUGCCUGCAGGAGAUCUCUGACGUGCACUUUCUGAGCCCCUCUGGCUGCACCUUCUGGGGGAAGAGGCCGUGGUCCCGGACCCGGAGGAUCCUGUGGCAGCUGGGCAUGGUGCUGGGAGCACCCAUGGUCAUCUCCCUUGCUGCGGGUGUUGCUGUCCCUGUCAUCACCAUUGGGAUCCCCAUCUACAUGGGCAGGAAGGUGCUGGGCCAGAGCCGGCGAAGCAGCCUCUCCGGGUGCCAGCAGUGCCUCUCUGUCACCAGCAGCGUCCUCCUGUCUCUCUUUGUGUCCCCUAUCAUAACAGCUCUCACUGUGGGUGUCGGCGUGCCCCUGGUGCUCACCUACGUGUACGGGACCGUGGUGCUGUCGCUGUGCCGGAGCCGCUGGGGCUGCAGGGGCGGCCGCACGCCCGGCGACCUCGGCGUGGUGGAGCUGGACAACCUGGCCAAGCUGAACGAGCUGUGGGCAGUGCUGCCCAGCCCCAGGGCGGCUGAGGACGGAGCUCCGGACGCCGCCGCCUCCCUCCCCAGCAGCAGCCGCAGCCCGCGCCCGGCGCCGCCAGAACGGGACAGCCAGUCAGCCAGCACGGUGGCCCUCGCUGGGAGCAUGCUGAGUGAGGGCCAGGACACCUCUGACAGGGAAGGUGUCACCAUCGAGGUGGAGGUGUCAGUGGAAGCGGUGCCACGUUCUGCCCGGCAGCAGAGCCUCAGCAGUGCCCUGUCUGGCCAGAGCCUCUCUGGGGACUCCCUGGGAGCCACCAGUGACAGGGGCAGCUCUGUGGGUGUCCCUGUGGAGUGAUGGGGGCCUGAGGGGGAGAGUCUUGAUCCACACACAGGCUCUGUGCCCUCCUGUGGCAGAGCCAGUUCCCGUCUGCCAGCACACCCAGCCGUGGGAGCUGGUCCUGGGUGGGUGCCAGCUGCACCCAGCACUGCUGCACCCUGCACUAGCCCUGUCCGCCCCUUUCCCAGAGGCACCACUAGGAAAUAAAGCUGCUCUGCUUUCUUUUCACUAGGAAAUAAAA